AUGCCCGCCCACACAGAAUCCUCGCCGCUGCUCCCUGCCGAGCCUGCUAUCGAGCGCUACUCGCCUCUCCUCAGCGAGCUUAAGGAGUCUCCUGUUGAUGAGCCAGCCAGAAUCGAGACUACCGAUAUCCUCCGCGAUGUCAUCAUCGGCUUCUCAGAUGGUCUCACCGUCCCCUUUGCCUUGACGGCCGGUCUCUCGUCGCUUGGUAGCACCAAGAUUGUCAUCAUGGGUGGUCUUGCCGAGCUCUUCUCCGGCGCCAUCAGCAUGGGUCUCGGUGCCUACCUUGCUGCCGUAACAGAGCGUGAUCACUACAAUGCCGAGGAGCAGCGUGAGCGCAACCAGGUCGAUGCCAUGCCCGAGGCGCAGCGCGCCCAGAUCUUCUGCAUCAUGGACAAGUACCACGUUCCCCGCGCGGCUGUCGCGCCCCUCGUCGAUGAGCUCUGCAAGAACCGCGAGCACUGGGCUCGCUUCAUGGUCGACUUCUCUCUGCGUCUGGACCGUCCCAACAUCCACUACGCUUGGAUCUCUGGCCUCACCAUGGGUCUCAGCUACUUCAUCGGUGGCAUCGUCCCCAUGAUUCCCUAUUUCAUCAUGGCCAAGGUUGGCGACGCCUUCCUUGUCUCCAUUGCCGUCACCGCUGUUAUCCUCGUUGUCUUUGGCUACGUCAAGAACUACGUUGCCAUUCGCAAUCACCGCGCUGGUGUCUGGGGUGCGAUUCAGACUCUCAUCAUUGGUGUCUUGGCCGCAGGCACAAGUUACACUAUUGUUAAGAUGCUCGAUGCGCACAACUAA